AUGAUCUCGUGUGCUGAGCAGUGAAGCCGGCAGGGAGAGGCCAGCAGAGGCCCGGCUCCGGUGGGCUCGGCGGCUCCGGCUUCCCUCCGGCUCUGGCUCCCCUGGGGCUGCUCUGGAAUUUUCUCAGUGCCCACUGUUGCCAUGCACUCGGCUGGGCCUCACGGAGCUGAGUCACCCCUGAGCAGGCAGGAAGAGAAGGAUGCAGAGCUGGAUCGGAGGAUAGUGGCCCUUCGAAAGAAGAACCAGGCCUUACUCCGCAGGUACCAGGAGAUCCAGGAAGACCGUCGGCAGGCGGAGCAAGGGGGCAUGGCUGUGACCGCGCAGGAAUUCCUCCGACCUGAUGGCCUCACUGUCACUAUCAGCCAGGUUCCCGGCGAGAAGCGGGUGGUCAGCCGGAACUGGGUGAGAUCCCUCGGACCUGAAGCAGCCGGUGCGAUGCUUGAGGACGAGGAGGUGGAGUAUCACACCGGUACUUUCUGCCUGGGGGACCGGGUGGAGCUGGCUGUGACCAUGGAGAACAAAGCUGAGGCCAAGCGGAUCGUAAGUGAGAAGCCCACCAGAGCAAAGAACCGGGGGGCAGGAGGGUCACCUGGAGGGGGCUUGGGCCGGACCCCCUCCAUGCAGAUGGCCGUCAGCUCGGAUUCGGCACGGAAGGGUGCUCGGGAGCCCCAGAGUCCAGGCCUGGUCCCAGGCCCGGUUCCCCACCGACCAGUGGGGGGACCCCAGGAGGUGGGCUGGGACUACGCCCAGUGGAAGCAGGAGCGGGAACAGAUCGACCGCCGUGUGGCCAGGCACAGAGACGCACAGGGUGACUGGCGCCGCCCGUGGGACCUGGACAAGGCCAAGCCCACGCUACAGGACUCCAGCAAGCCUCGAGAAGAGGGCCCGGCCAGGGCGGGCGGCACCAGGGGUCCCAGGAGCCACCGAAAGCUACAGCCCCCACCCUUGUCCCCUGAUGGUAAAGGUGGUACUACUCGGGGUGGGCAACCCAGCAGAUCCUCAGUGGUGUCUGCCACACGAAGCAAAGCCCGGGGGACAGAGAGGCUGACUGGCAGGGCCCGCAGGUGGGAGACGAAGGAAGGCAAGGAGGAGCUGGAGAGCCAGGAGGGAAGCCAAAGUACCAGAAAGAGUCGGAGCGAGGAGGAACACUCACAGAAGCAGAGCGAGGUGGAGCUGAGCAGACCCACAAGUGCCCCAGCCACCAGUCCAGCCCCGGUAUCCCCAGAGGGGCCAAAAAGGGAGUCAGGAGUCUCGAUAGCCAGUCCAGAACCUGCCUCUCCACAAAACACUGACUUGGUUCCCCUUGACCUUUCUCUAGGAGGAGCCAGUAGCCCUGGGCCCGGGGCGAGUGUGUGUGUGCUCCCUCCAAGGCCUGGAGCCCAGGAGAACCCUGUGUCCCGGCCAGAUGGUUCUGAGCAGCUCCCGGGGUGGAAUGACCCCCAGGCUGAGCCGGAAGUACAGACUUGCUCCAAGCCCCAAGGAGGAGCAGGGCCCUUAGAGCCCAGAGAAGACAGGUCUGGCAAGGCUGGGGCCCAGCAGGGCUUGGCACAACGAAGCAGGCCCACCAGGGCAAUGGGCCAAAGGGCAAGGGGCGCAGGAGGUGUCAGAAGCAGGACAGGAGGUCCGGGCCCCGCGGGAAGAUGCUGAGCAAAGCCCCUGGGAGCAAAGGGGCCGGCUGGGCAGAGGAGGAGGGAAGAAUGCAGUCAGGACUCUUGUGCGUGGUGGGUGUCUGGUUGCUGGUGGCUUGUGGCAGUCCAGCUGAGCAGUUGGGCAAACUUUCCAGUGGGGUGACAUCGUGAGGGCAAGGAGCUGGCCUUCCUUGUAUCUCAGGUGCACAUCCCUGUGUACGGGUGUGUUUUCACCUGCAGGUAAAGCUCCUGGUGUAUUCCUAUGUCACACCUGGUCUCUGAGGCUGGCAAGAAAGCGAGGCUUGGAAACACUCAGCACCUGGCUCACCUGGCCUCUAUCACCCCCAGGGCCUGGCUUCUCUUUCCAGCUGUGGCUUUGGAGGUGGAGGCAGCCUCAGUAGCCGGCAGGACCAGCCCAGGCCUGGGCCCUUUCCCAUGCCUCUGCCUUGCACCCAGGUGACUCACAGCCCCAGACUCACAGGAUGGCAAACGAGUGGAACGUCAGCCAUUAGCUGGCAGCCUCCUGCCUUCCUGGAAGAGGAGGCUGAGGCCCAGAAAGGGAGGGCACAGCAGGUGGGGGCUGAGCUGGGGACAGGAGAAUGGAGCUCAGGUCUCCUCUGCAAAAGAGAGGGUUCCUGGAAAGGCCCCCUCUCUGAAAUGGGGUGGAGUUGGGUGGUGAGAGAAUAGCCUCUCCCCCCGCCCCUCCACAGUAGGGUGGGAAAGCUCACCAGCAGGGACACCCUCCCCCUACCCAGGACAGACUUCAAGUGUACCCCAAGGGGAGGGAAGAGGGCAGCCCUGCAGCCCAGGGCAUUUCCUGCCAUCUCCUACUUCCUCUUCCCCACCACCUCCCUGCACCAAGGUCAUGCGAUAGCAAGGACUCAGACGAGGGACAGAGAAACAGCGACUCUGACGAAGUACAACUUCAGGACUUGUCUUUCCUACUUAGUCUCUGUUCCUGCCCCUCCCCUGAGGCCCACGGCUGGUGAAUUAUUCAGACUCCGCACAAGCUGUGGCUUCCUCUCAAUUCAACAAACAUUUCCUGAGCACCCACUACCAGCAGUGCAGCCGGUGGGCGAUGGUGACUUUGCCAGCAAGAGGGAGGGAGAAACUCAGGCAUCCAGCAGCCCCGGGCUGCGCAGCAGGAGCCAUUCUUGGCUGCAAGAGCCUGACAGGAGCUGGGGAUGGUGGGAGGAGCCCAAAGGGAACCAUCUCACUUUUGCUCGAAAAGGCAGGUGCCCCUUCCUUUCUCACCACGUGUGUCUUUUGCCCCCCAAGCUCCUGCCUGGAUCUCCCCAUGUGGCCCCCUCUGUUCCCCUCCUCUUUGGCCCUGUGGUGGUGGCUGCUCCUCUCUGCUGAGGGUCCCAGGCCUCACUCACCAGCCUCUCUGGGUUCUCUAGUGAGUGUCCAGAUCAUGCUCAGGGUUUCUCCACUGUGGAAGGGAGGGAGGGCUGCAGGAAGCAUGAGGAGGGGGUGUCUUUUCAGCAGAUCAGAUUGUUUAGAGCAGUGCUUCUCACAUGUUAAGGCGCAGAGUAUUGCAGGUCCUAAUUCGGUAGGUCUGUGGGGGGCCUGGCAAUGUGCAUUUCUAAUCGGCUCCAGGUGACAGCUGUGCUGCUGUUUCCUGGACCGCGGGUUGAGUAGGAAGGGUUUGGGCUGGGAGAUAUGGUGAGCUAGGGCCAAAGACAGACUCUAGACUCUAAGGACUUGUUGCUGGCUAUGUCGGGGACCCGGCGAGGGCCGCCCCGGCCGGGUGCAAGCUUCCUGGCUUCAGAGUUGGGUGGGCAGCUGAGGCACCUGGGAAGGUGCCAGAGAGGCCAGUGAGUGGGUGUGCCAACUUCCUGUAGCGGGGAGUGAGGAGACUGGUUAGCUGGUUGGGAAUGGGAUAAGGUGAAGGGGGUGGAAGAGGUUGGUGUGGAAUUUUGAAAAGGCUUGGGAAUAUUCUUAUGCGUGUGGGAAGACCCCUCUGAGACAUGAAUAGGUAAGGGCGAAUGAUUCCAACUGAAGUUUUCCUCUUGCUCUCCAGUCAUACAUAUAUGUAUUUGGAGCAGGGGCCUGGGCCUGACCCAUGACUCCCAAAGGAUAGAGGUGGGGAAGAGCAGAUUCAAGCAGAGCCCUUGAAUUCAGAUGUCUCAAAAUAAUAAUAACAGUAAUCAUCAUUAUCAUCACCAUCAUCAUCAAGAAUCUGAAUUCUAAGAUUCACAAACUGCUCCCAACGGCCACCCCCCGCCCCGCCUCCAUGGUACCAACCGUAUAGACAGGCCUUCGUUAGAGGGUAUAUGCCAAGGUAUGUCUGACUAGGGGAUGGGGAUGUAGAAUUCAGGCAGAACUCUGGCUCGGCCCUUACAAACAGGACCUAAGCAGGAGAGAAGCUGGGCAAGGGGUGCCUGGGUGGCUCGGGUGGGCGUCCGACUCUUGAU